AUGGAACUUGAUAAGAAGACUGUGAUUUAUGUAGGAGGAGCACUUAUUAUAUCAGCUGCAAUCUAUUACUUGUAUUGCAAAACAUUAAAAAAGACAAAUCAUGACAUCAACCAGAAUCAGCCAAAAUUGGAUUGUAAAUUCAGAGAAUUAGAAAUUUUAAUUUCUGAAGGAACCAAUGAAGGUUGGAACGAAAUCAAGAAAACUGACACUUUCAACGUUUACAAAAAAGACACUGGAGACUCUCCAAUUGCUAUAAUUAAAGCCUUCAUUAUCAUAAAAGACACCUCUAUUGAAGAUGUCCAUUUUGCUAUAUGAGAUGGCGAUUUCCGAAGAUCAUGGGAUUCUGUCGCACAAGAUUUUCAAGUAAUUGAAAAAGUUGAUGAUCAGAACGACGUCAUUUAUUUUUAUGCAAAAAGUCCUGUACCUUGGCUUGUAUCAAAUAGAGAAUUUGUCCAGCACAGAAUGUAUAGAAGAGAUGGAGAUAAAAUUAUGAUUGUUUAUUGGUCAGCUGACAGACCUGACAGAGCUGUCCCUGAAAAUUGGGUGAGGGCAAAUACUAUUAUUUCAGGAUAUAUUAUUGAAAAAGGUGAAAAUCCAGGAGAAGUCAAGGUGAAUUUUAUUACACAAAAUGAUGUAAAAGGAAGCAUUCCUCCACAACUUAUAAAUACUUAUGCUCCAAUUAAGGCACUUAAUUGGGUUAAAGAGCUAGGAAAAGCGUGCAAGCUACUACAAAAUAAUCGUCAUAAAGGUAUAAUUCAUGAAAGUUAA